CCGCGCAGCCGCCGCCGCCGUCGCCGCCACCGUCCCCGAGACCCUAGCGCACGGCGCGCCCUCCCUCGUGCGCCCCUCCGGCCCCCGCGGAGAACGAGAGGGCGAGCGAGCACGGCGCUCCCGGCCCAGCCCGGCCCCCCUGUCUUCACCACCGCCUGCCCUCCGACGCCUUCUUUCGCUUCCACCUCCACUCCCCCCCCCCCAAGUAGAGGCCCCCUCCGGGGGGGGGAGGCCCGGGGCCGGGAGCGGAUUCCCCCAACUCCUUCAGGCCCGCCCCCACCCGGCCCGAGAGUGAGGAGGGCCCGGGCCGGCCCGCGUCGAGAGUGAGGAGGACCCCGGGCGGGCCCACGGGCCGUCUGGGGCCUGAUCCGGCCCCACCAGGCGUGUGAAGACAGGGGCCCGGCCCGGCCCGAGAGCGAGCGGAGGGGAGGGGCCUGGUCCGGCCCGGCCGGUGCGCGAGGACUGGGGCCGCGGCCCCGCACGGCCGCCGCCGCCGCGAUGGCCCAGCAGCAGAUGACCAGCUCGCAAAAAGCCUUGAUGCUUGAGCUGAAAUCCUUGCAGGAGGAACCAGUGGAGGGCUUCUGUAUCACCCUGGUGGAUGAGUCCGACCUCUACAACUGGGAGGUGGCCAUCUUCGGACCCCCUAACACCCUCUACGAAGGCGGCUACUUCAAGGCACAUAUUAAAUUUCCUAUUGACUACCCAUAUUCACCACCUACCUUCACAUUCUUGACCAAAAUGUGGCACCCCAACAUUUAUGAGAAUGGAGAUGUAUGCAUUUCAAUUCUUCAUCCGCCUGUAGAUGACCCACAAAGUGGAGAACUGCCCUCUGAAAGGUGGAAUCCCACUCAGAAUGUGAGGACUAUCCUGUUAAGUGUAAUCUCACUGCUUAAUGAGCCCAACACCUUUUCUCCAGCCAACGUGGAUGCUUCAGUGAUGUUCAGGAAAUGGAGGGACAGUAAAGGAAAAGACAAGGAGUACGCUGAGAUCAUCAGGAAACAGGUCUCGGCCACUAAGGCUGAAGCAGAAAAGGAUGGCGUGAAGGUCCCCACAACCCUGGCAGAAUACUGCAUCAAAACUAAAGUGCCUUCCAAUGACAACAGCUCAGAUCUUCUGUAUGACGACUUGUAUGACGACGACAUUGAUGAUGAAGACGAGGAGGAAGAGGACGCCGACUGUUAUGAUGAUGAUGAUUCUGGGAACGAGGAGUCGUGACAUGUUCCUUCAGUGCCCCUGUACUGCCCUGACGUCUCAGGCCAAAGGGAGGGGAGCAAGUGGGGAUCUAUGGUGGCCCCUCAGCAAAAACUUACUCAUGGGGUGGGGAAACACACAGCUCCUGCUGACUCCCCGCGGAUCUCAGUUUGCUCCUUUUUAUGGACCUUUACUGGAGAGAAAGUACCCUCCACAGAAUGUCUGAAUUCUUGCAUUCUUUACCCUUCCAUCACUGUAUUGAUUCUUUUUAAAGGAAAAAAAAAGCCACCACCCUUCAAACUCCCACCUCACUUCAUCUCUGCAGAAUGUUCACAGCAAAACACGUUUGUCUGUUUUUAGAUUCUUGAAGAAUUAGUCUGUUAAAGACAUUAUGUGUUUAAAGCUGGGAACUCACUGGGAGUCCACAAGUGCUGCAUAUAUUGGUUAGCAAAAGAAAAUGGGGGGAAAAAAAACACAAAACCAAAAAAAAAAAAAAACCACAAAACCCACAAAACAAACUUUAAAAAAAAAAAAAGCCAAUUUGCCAAGCAAGGUUUAGCUGCUCCUUUCCAUUAGUGCGUGUGCAUUUGUUCAGCCCGUGGUGGUGAAUUUUGUUUCUUUCCCUUCCUAAGGCUGGGAUGCAGUGGGCAUCAGGGACUUACUCUUGCUAAUCCUGAUGAAGUGUGCUGCUUCUGCCUCUAUGACAUCACCCCAACAUGGAGGCUACAGCUACUCUGAGAGAAAUCAGAGUUUGUUUUUUUGGAAUUGAUUGGGAUCUAAAGCCUGAAAUAAAUAUUCAUACUUUACAUAGAACUGAGCACUUGGUUGCUAUUUAUUUUAAAGAUAGGGUAUCUUUUUUUCUGAGUGGGGUGAGUGGGGGGACGUGAAAGGCAGUGUGUGUUUUAGUUAUGAAAACAGAAUUGAAAACUGUACCAGUUUUGAUUGAUGCUGCUGAGGGGGGAGUUCAAAAGCCGCUGUUGGGGGAGGAAACAUCUCAGAUACUCAAAUGAGGGUUAUUUUUUAAGUAACCAUUUUUAAUUAUCAGUAUUAAUCCUAGGUGCCUGUGUUAAGAUUUUGGUUUUCAUCAAGCUGCUCCUCCUGGUAGUGACACUUGUGGGCGUGUGUGACCUUGAUCUGGAAGGUACUUUGGGCCAGAGUGCAAGCAGGAAUUGUUCCUGGAGCUUCCCCUAGGCUUAUCUCAGUUUUGGCAGGGCUGCAGUUGCUGCAGCUGUUUCCCAGAUCUCAAUCACGUCUUGCUUCAAUCAAGAGUGAACUCCUUUAGCCUUCACCAUCCAGGGACUUCAGAUUUGAAGUAAAAUUUUUGUUCCUGUUUCAGCAAACUGCUAUGACAUAAAACUAGUUUUCAGAAGGAUAGGAUGCUACGAUCCUUGUGUACCAGCUCAGAUAGGAACUGGGGAGGAUGGAUCCUCCACUGUCGAGUAGGCGCCCCUUCCUUUCUGAUCUCAGGGUUUUCAUUCACUUUGAACGCUCCUGACUGAAUGCUAUUUCCCAGUUCUUUGACCUCUAAAGUUGGGUCUGUUCUUCAAUGAGAAUGUUUAGUCCAGAAAUGUUUCAAUAGUAAAGACUUAAAAUUCCUCUCAAUACUCCCGGAUAGCCUGCAGCCCUGGAUCCGUACGUAGUGCUGUUCUUCUUUCCCCUUACACCCAGCCCACUGAAGCUAAAGCAUCUCACUCCCAGGCAUGGUAAGCACCUUGGCAUCGUGGGAGGCUCCCUGUUGGCCUCUGUGGAGCCAGAGAGGCAAGUGGAGGUGGGCCUCUCAGCUUCUGUUGACAUUACUGUUAAGGCUAGGUUUGCAUUUGAUGCAAAAAGAACAGCUUUUUAGUCUAAUCAAGGCCGCACUGGGCUGAGUGGAGAAAGUAUAUAGUGACAUGAUUCUGUUGUUGCCUCUCUCAUACUAUUCCAGAAUCCUAUCAGCAACGCUCUACUUUUGGAGGCCCUUCUUCCCCCUCUCCUGGCCAUUAUUUGCUGGGUUCCAUCUUGUCCACUGGAAGGGAAAUGUAUAGCUCUCUUGAAAAAUCACCCUGAUGCACAAGGUUUACAUUUAGUUUACAACUAAAAAGAUUCAGAUGCGAUUUUCAAUUAAACCAGCGGACACAACCAAUUUUAGUAGUUUCCUUAGCUAAAACUGUUUUUUUCAGUUUAACUUAUGAGAAAAGUUUACCCAAUGCAUUUUGUGUUUUCUCCUUAAUGGUUUAUUUUGUCUUUUUCUGCCCAUCUGUCUCCUAAUAAAAA